AAACAGGUCGCGACGACAGGGUGGAUGGAGCGGCCCACGCACAGCAUCACGCGGGUCUCACCGACAGCCCCCAGCGACGCGCCGUACGCGGGCAGCGCGCAUGAACGUUGGAGGGGGGCGGUCGUGCCUCCCCGACGACGUGGAUCGGACUCGCAUGGCGUGUUGUCGACCGUUCGCGAGAACGUUCCCAGGGAAGAGAGCCGCUUAGUCGAGGAACGACACCACGAUCUGCAACUUGGCGGCAAGGCAGCGGCUCGUCCUUGUGCGCUCCGGUUACCCAUCGCGCGAGACGCAGCCGCCGGACCAAGCCUGGAUGAUGUUGCAAGUCGGCGAGAUAAAACACCCCCUCCACCGCCGUCAUCCACAUAUUUACCCACAGCGUGACGACGUUCACGGGCCACAGCGCGGCAGGGGGGCCGUGGGGGUGGCGCCGCGCGAUUGGAACCCACAUUUCACCCAUGGGGCUGCCUCCACCCAGAACGGUAUCUUUUGUACAGGCUGCGCUGCUUCGGCGCGAUGCACCAUGGCCCCGACGACGCACAGAAGGGACAAAUGGCGUUGUUGGGCGCUCUCGACACGUGAUGGGGAUAUCUUUGUACGCACUCGGUCGAUGCAUGGCCGCAUGUCAGCACGUCGAACAACGAACCUCGAGCGCCGUCCCGAUCCUCGAGCGGACCCCAAGUUUUACCCGCCUGCGGAACCAAAGUGGUCGGUUCGACGACCCGCGUGCACACAAGACCCACUCUCUGGACGGGUUGUUCCUGCUCGACAUGGCGUGCGUAUUGUACGGUGUGGACAACCCGCCGCCCAACCACGCGGCGGACGAGUCCCACGCGCGCGCCCCAAGCAACAGGCAGCCGCUCUGUCGUGCGUGUGAGUCGAGUGGUGGGGCCGCCACCCGCUGGUGCGACAUCGGACCUUCCAGGUCGGGCGCACUGGCCUCAACCAGCGUGUUUUGCGCAAGGCUUCUGGCUGCCGCACUGCUUCCACCGUCAUGACUUCAUAGCUUAAUAUUAUUAUUAUAGUGGUGCAUGCCGCAGAUCUAGUCCUAACAGUACGCGUGACAACGUGUCAUAGCCACAGGUUGAAGAACGCCCCCUCCGACACCGAGCGUCCCAAUUUUGGCUGCGCGUUGGCUCCGUUGGCGUCGAACGGAAGGGGUUCGUACUCUGGGAUGCUGGACGGGGGCGCCGACGACCGCGGGGGCAACUUGGUUGGGAACGUGUUCUCCAAGUGAGUCUGCCAUUGCGCAGGCGGGGAGUCCACCAUGUUGAACGUGAGGCGGCCCGACGACGGCUGCUGGACUGGAUGGGUGUAGGCAGGAAUGGCGAUUUGAAGCGGCGCCUGCGGGUGGAAGUUGUGUUGCGCAUUGUGGUAUGCGUAAGACGACGUGUGUGGGAGCUGCGGGGCGUUGUGCGAAUGGCCAUGAUGAUGCGGUCGGUUCUGCACAAAGUCCGAGUGGCUCCGUUGGAGAGACACGGCGGGCGCCCGAAACGCAGGCGGCUUGGAAGAUGGGAUUGCCUUGGUGUCGUACCGCAACACGGAAAUGAUGUGUUCAUCGAUCGCAGCCGACGACAGCUCCUCAAACGCGGACGACGCACUGCUGUGGCUGCUGCGACUGCUCGAUGUGCUUGGACUCGAAUGAUGUGUACAAUGUUGCUCGUCAGUCGUAGCCCACGACGUGGGCGAUGGCGUCGGGGACACGUUUUCAUCGUUCGCGUCGCGAUGGGUCUUGAGAUGGCGACCCAGGUUGCCAGACGUGCUGAAGCGCUUGUUGCAUCCGUCGACUUUGCAAGUAAACGGGCGAAUGCCGGAAUGCGUCUUGGUGUGGCGAGCCAGCUUUUCUUUCGUACAAAACCGCUUGUAGCACAUCUCGAACGAACAGCCAAAGGGUUUUUCACCCGUGUGGGUAAAUUUGUGGCGACUCAAGUUGCCUGACGUACUAAAGCUGGCCGAGCAGCCUUCAUAGUCACACGCGUACGGACGCGCGCCUGUGUGCGUCUUGGUGUGUUCUUUCAGCGUAAAUUUGCGAUUGAAUCGCUUGCCACAGCCCGGUUCAGUGCACACAAAACGACGCUCGGGAGCAGCGGUCGUGGUAGGAGACGGCUGCGGCGACGACAUGUUGGCAGUCAUGUCAGCAUGCGGGUCGACGUGCAUGAGGCGUCCAUCGAGCGAUACCAUCGGCAUAGCGUGAGGAAAGGCAUGCAUGUUGGUGACGCGAUGCAAAU